AUGUCUCACUCUCAGAACAAGACGCAGGCCAAUCAGCAUGGAGAGUCAGAGGCUUCAUCUCUCCUGGCCCCAGCCAUCAAUACCUCAGAUUCCUCAGAUACAUCCUCCGAAACAAGCUCCGACUCCGACUCAACAAUCUUUUCAAAGUUUCAAGACUUUUACUCCCGAAACAUUGGCUUAUUCUACGUCCUAGUAGCUCAACUAUUCGCCUCAAUAAUGUCCAUGACAACGCGACUUCUCGAAACAGGUUUUGAAACAAAGUUCCACGCUUUGCAGAUCAUAUUUGUGAGAAUGCUGGCUACGGCGCUGAUUGGGUCUGUGUACAUGUGGUGUAAAAACGUACCGAAUUUUCCGCUGGGGCCGAAGGAGGUUAGGGGUUUGUUGGUGCUGAGAGGGUUUGCGGGAUCAGCUGGGCUUUUUGGACUUUACUAUUCACUGUCGUAUCUUGAUAUUUCUGAUGCGACGGUUAUUACGUUCCUUGUCCCGACUCUUACUGCAUUUAUUGCGUGGGUUGCUCUACGCGAACCAUUCACGGUCAAAGAAGCAACCGCUGGUUUCAUCGCCUUCGCAGGUGUCCUCUUCGUCGCUCGCCCAGCUUUCCUGUUCCCCGAAAGCUGGCGAACACUAUCGGAGUUGGAGUCUCGCGCUGUGGACCCGGAAUUCACUGCUGAUGGUGGUAUCUUGCCACCGGUAAAAGCUACACCACAAGAACGUACUAUCGCUAUCCUGUGUGCCAUCUUCGGUUCUUUUGCAGCAGCAACGGCAUAUGCGACUAUCCGCGUCAUCGGGAAACGCGCACAUUCGCUCGUCAGUGUCAAUUACUUCGCUGUCCUUGCUACUGUCAGCUCGUUUCUCAUCAUCAUGAUUCACCCUGAUCUUCAGUUUGAGAUCCCAAAGACAGUCGCUGAAUGGUGUUUACUUCUCUCAAUCGGUAUCUCUGGGUUUCUUCUCCAGCUUCUCCUCACUGAGGGUCUUCAGCGGGAAAAGGCUGGUCGAGCCACCAAUCUAAUCUACGUUCAGAUGGUCUUUGCGCUGAUCAUUGAGCGGAUUGUCUGGGGAACUACGCCUCCUAUCACCAGUUUCAUUGGCAGUGCUUUGAUCAUUGGUUCAGCUAUCUGGGUCAGCCUACAGAAGAAAGCCCCUGCUGAACCUAGACCACUACUUGACGAGGAGAGAAGACAGCAGUAA